AUGGCGGCCCCCCAACCGCCCGUUUCCUCCUCUCCCCGGCGGAGUCGUGGUUUCAGCGUCAAAUCUGACAAUUCACGCCGAACAAGUUCCUCCGGUAAUAAGAUUCACCUUUCGGAAUCUCACGAGGAGAAAGAAAGGCGCAAUCUUCACACAAAGGCAGACCCGACCGUCGCCAUGAAUGAGUUGCAACCCAAUGACAUUGCAUUACAGAAGUCCAAUAUGGGCUCUCUGCGAGAUAUCCAACAUAAAGAUCAAUUUGGGAAUAUCAUCACCGAUCCCGACUGGUCAAACCCUACCCGAUCCCGAUCUGAGCGACCGCUAGACACCAUCCGAUCGUUCGAAGCCGCCAUCUAUGGCACAUACAACAGUACCCGACCGGUAUCAUAUGCCCGGACCGAAGAUGCAGGCUCCCAAAUGGGCGACUACAGCCGACGAACAAGCUACUACGGAGGACAAGGUGGAUACAAUCGCGGAUACGAUCAAAGCUACUACCACAGCCGCAAUCAAUCACGUCCCGACGACCUCGCCGAUGGCAACCAAAACAACCAGCAAGAAAACUACUACCCCUACCAGCAGCAGCAACAAAACGGUCGCCGAAGGCCCCGCGUCUCAACCGACCAAACAAACUACUACCAGAACAACAACUACCACCAAUCCUACGAUAACGUCGCCGCGUCGGGCUCAGGUGGAUCCGGCCAAACAGAUCCAUACGGCCAGUCGACCGAUCCCAGCUCAAUGAAUAGCUCUAUGGAUCAAUUGCAACAACAUGCGCUAUUACAGCAACAGCAGCAGCAGCGAAUGGACGACCGCGCACAGGAAUAUGGGUUCUCUUUCGGUAACACGGCGCCUCUGAAUACUAAGGGCUUUCCGUCGGCGCCGCCGCCUGUCGCGAGCCCAACGAGUCCUGCCAGUGUGGCACAGCCGCAUUUCGCUGCGCCGGCGAAUGGCGCUUUGAGGAAGAAUACCUCGCAAGCUGGAGAUAAGCGGAAGAGUUGGUUUAAGAGACGAUUCAGCAAGGACUAG